AGCUAGGUCGUUUGCGUUCUUGAAAAAAGGAAUGAGAAGUAAUUUAACAUUAAGGAUGAAUGGUUGGAUCUUGACCUCUCUAAUGGUGGUAGCUUGUGCUUCUUCUUCCCUGGACGAAAACUGGGAGUGCCCUUUUGAAGACAUAGACUUCCAGCCAUGCGUAGCUCAAUUGUCAGCCAAAUCCAUUUGGUCAUGCUGUGAAAUUCUGAACCAAGCAAUCAUUGAGGAUCAUCACUGUGUCUGUAAGCUAAUAGGAUCUAAAACUCCUCUCCUCACCCACUCUCUAUUGCUCACCAUGUCAGAUUGCCUCAUUUCGAUACCUCAAUGCCACGGUA